CAGACGGAUAAAAAAUAGCGAAAGAUAGAAAAAGUUGAGAAAAUGUAAAUUUUUCCCUAAAAUAUUUAUCUAAUCAUUAAAAAAAUAAUAGAAAAUUACAAGCCAAAUACAAUUAAAGUGACUUUUGUAAAUGUUAUAAGCAAUAAAUAUAAACCAGAAAGAAAUUAAACCACAAAAACCUAUUUUUUUGAUAACAGCAAUAAGAAAGUAAAGUGACAACAAAACAUGGAACCAUCCGCCUGUGAAGAUUUAAAAGCCUUCGAAAGACGACUCACAGAGGUAGUGUCUUCCUAUAAACCGUCGACCGUACGUUGGAGAAGUAAGUUUGUGCUUGCUGUAAUCUCACUGUGCACGGCCAUUAGCGCUUGGUAUUGGCUAAGAGAUCCACGCACUUCGGUUGUGCCUCUUACGGAAUCUCUGCUCAUACAUCCAGUUUUUACAUUUGCCACCCUAAUUUUAGUUAUACUAUUUGUUUUUGGUAUCCACAAAUUGGUGAUUGCUCCUCAAAUUAUAACUUCACGUAUGCGUAGCGUUCUAAGCGAUUUUAAUAUGAGCUGUGAUGAUACGGGGAAACUGAUAUUAAAACCUCGUCCUAAUAACAAUUAAAGUCUUUCUAUAAAGUACCUUCUAGAAAUGCUCGUUUUUUAUUUCAGUUACGCCUUUCAUUUAUGUAGUGGGAAACGUUUAGUUUUUUAUCCGGAUCUCCUUUUUGUGAAUUAGACUUUAGUUGAUAUCCUUCGUUGUCAUUUACAAUAUAUUUUAUGUAUUUUACAAUUUUUCUAUUACAAUAGCAUAUGAUUAUUGUUGCAAAGACCACACCAACUAAACCAGCCUAAUAAUGUAAUUUGUAAGUUAUACAGAAAAUAAUGAAGUAUCAAAAUGAAAUAAAUUUUUAAUCUUUUUUUAACAAA